AUGGCAAUUUAUUCAGCAGCAUUGAUUCUAGCAACACUAGUGAUGGGCUCUAAUGCUGCUGGUAUCUCCAUUUACUGGGGCCAAAAUGGAAAUGAGGGGACCUUAGCUCAGACUUGUGCCACAGGCAACUAUGAAUACGUAAACAUAGCCUUUUUAUGGACAUUUGGCAACGGGCGUACCCCAAGAAUGGACUUAGCGGGCCACUGCGACCCAUAUAGCAAUGGCUGCACCAAACUAAGCGCAGACAUCGAAUCCUGUCAAAGAAACGGGAUCAAAGUAAUGCUAUCUAUAGGCGGCGGGAUAGGUAGCUACUCACUUUCCUCAAAACAAGAUGCCCAACAAGUGGCUACCUACCUAUGGGACAACUUCUUAGGUGGCAAAUCAUCGGGCAUUCGACCACUUGGCAACGCAUCAUUGGAUGGAAUCGACUUUGACAUAGAAGCAGGCGGAAGUCAACACUGGGAUGAUCUAGCAAGGUAUCUUUCGGCGUAUAGUACACAAGGUAAAAAGGUGUAUCUAACCGCAGCCCCGCAAUGCCCUUACCCCGAUGCAUGGUUAGGGGGCGCGCUUCAGACGGGUUUGUUUGAUUAUGUUUGGGUUCAGUUUUAUAACAACCCGCCUUGCCAGUAUUCUGCAAAUAUAAGUAAUCUUGAAGACAGUUGGAAGCAGUGGACUUCUGACAUUCCAGCUUCUAAGAUUUUCUUAGGGCUACCGGCGGCAUCUGCGGCGGCUGGAAGCGGGUUUAUACCGGUUACUGAUCUUGUUUCUAAAGUGCUUCCGGUCAUUAAAAGCUCUCCUAAAUAUGGAGGUGUGAUGUUAUGGUCCAAGUAUUAUGAUGAUCAAAGUGGAUACAGUGCUGCCAUUAAGAAAGAUGUAUAAUAUACUAGGUUAGAACCCCGUGUAUUACACGGGUUGAAUAAAUGUAAUU